GUUGAGAGUGGAGCGCGCGGAUUGUCCGUUUUUAGAGGUUGUGACACUGUGAUAACUGACGACUAAGGGACCUUACAGGAAAUACUACUGUCUGUUUUUAUUCUUUGUAUUGGAUAUUUCUAUAUCAUCACAAUCAUGGCGGUGACUGAAGCUGGAUGUGAUCUAACUUACUGCAAAAUGAGGGGGAUUGUUACUGUUCUCACCGCCUUCAUCAAGGAGAGAAAAAUGGGGUUGAAUGACUUCAUCCAGAAGCUGGUGUCUACCCCACAUAUCUGCCAACAUGUUGAAGUUAACAACUUCCUGAAGAUUGAUGAGAAUCAAAACGAGCAGGAUGACGGAGAUGAACUUCCUGAUAGUUCGAUGUACCUAACUUCACGAAGUUCACUGGCUGAGGAAACUCAGAUCAAACCUUGUGAUUUUGACUACCUCAAAAUCAUCGGAAAAGGAAGCUUUGGAAAGGUUCUGUUGGCUCGACACAAGGAGUCCUCAAAUUAUUACGCUGUUAAAGUGCUACAGAAGAAAAUCAUCAUGAAGAAGAAAGAGCAAAAGCAUAUCAUGGCAGAGCGCAGCGUGUUGAUGAAGAACAUCAAGCACCCCUUCCUGGUGGGGCUGCACUUCUCCUUCCAGACUACUGACAAACUGUACUUUGUCCUCGACUACGUCAACGGUGGCGAGCUGUUCUACCAUCUCCAGAGGGAGAGGAUCUUCCUGGAGCCCAGAGCCAGGUUCUAUGCUGCUGAAAUUGCAAGUGCACUUGGCUACCUCCACUCCCUGCACAUUGUGUACAGGGACCUGAAGCCUGAGAACAUCCUGUUGGACUCCCAGGGCCACAUCGUCCUCACAGACUUCGGCCUCUGCAAAGAAGGCCUUGAGAACAACGGCACUACAACAACCUUCUGCGGGACACCAGAGUACUUGGCUCCUGAGGUUCUCCAGAAGCAGGCGUACGACCGCACAGUGGACUGGUGGUGUCUGGGAUCAGUGCUCUACGAGAUGCUCUAUGGACUUCCCCCGUUCUACAGCCGGAACACGGCUGAGAUGUACAACAACAUCCUGCACAAGUCUCCCGUGCUGAAGCCCAACGUGUCUAACUCCGGCAGGGAGCUGCUGGAGGGGCUGCUGCAGAAGGACCGCACCAAGAGGCUGGGAGUGAAGGAUGACUUUCUUGAGCUCAAGCACCAUUCCUUCUUCUCUCCAAUCAACUGGGACGACCUGAUGGCCAAGAAGAUCACACCUCCAUUCAUCCCCUCAGUGAGCGGCCCCACAGACCUCCGUCACUUCGAUCCCGAGUUCACCCACAUGCCCGUCCCCGCCUCUCUGUGCAACGACUCGCUGAUGGUGACCAGCAGCGUGAAGGAAGCAGCCGGAGCUUUCCCAGGCUUCUCCUAUGGUGCUCCGUCAGGGCAAGCCUUCAUGUAAACGGCAAAAUCUCUGCCCUUCUUCCCCGAGAACUCAACAGACAUGGGACACACGCUCUGGUUCACAGGGUCCACACCCAGAGCAGCCUGCUUUGGUUGGGUGGCGUUACGGAGCUCACAAUGGACAGGAGCGGAAGAUUUCGAGGGAUCUUGUGCAUGACAAUUGUACAGAUGGGGAGUCUCAUUUUACAUCCUUACUCUUCCGCCUCAACCACCCAAAACUAUGAAACAUGCGUGCCAAGUAUGGAUGCACUACGAGGUAAAAAAAACAUCACUCUCACAGCUUCUGGUGAGGUGACAUGAAGAGAAGUGCCUGAGGUUCGAAAGGCAGUUUAAACGGUUGCAGCAGCAGAGUUGGCAAGAGCCAGCUUCAUCAAAAGAAUUCAAAAACAUUUCACUUGUUUGGACCAGGGCGAAAGCCGUUAAGGUGUAGGGCCUUCAUUACAUGUCUAUAUGUUUGUUUUUGUUACAUUGUUAUUUUCAUGUGAAUGCUCAAUUGCACUUGAGGAAACAAAGGUCAGGAAAAGUGUGGACAUUGUUUGCUUCAAACAUCAGAAGCUUUUAGACUAGACCGCUUCAUAUCUUUACACUUUUAUUUCUGCUUUGGACAAAAAACAGAUUGGAUUUUUUAUUAUUUUAUUUUAUUUUAUAGUGGACCAAAAUAUGCUUCAACUCAAACACUUUUGUCUUGACCUGUUUGUCCUCAGAAACCGAAGAUCAACGUUUUACUGUACUGUGUGGAAGAUAAAAAGUUACAUAUAUUAUAUUGCAAACCAAAAGGGUUUCCAUGUUUAAAUACCAACACACAUCCAAUAUUUACUUUCAAGAGAGAUUUUAAGAAGCACAUAUAUUAUAAAAUAAUUAUUACUGUUUCCUGGUAUAUGUAUAUGGCUGUAUAUUUUAUUUUUACAAUUACUUUUCAAUUUUCAACCAGUGUCUGUGUUAAUCUAUAUCAUCUGUUUAUGAACGAUCAGGAGCAUGCGUACAGAGUUCAACCAGCAAUAACAGGCCCACAUCGAUGAUAGCACAUACUGUAUAUCAAACUCCUUUAAAUAUAAGUGAUUUGCUGUUUUUUUGCAAACACUUGGGACGAACAAUGUUUUUAUAUUCAAGCAUUAUGUAGAGAAGAACUGUGAAUGUCUUGUGCCUGUCCAAGGCGGCCUGAUCCAUAGUUACUGUAUGUACAUAUCUAUUUUCCCUAAUCCUCUGGCUCCCUUUUCGAGAAAUCAUCAGUAUAAAAAGUCCUUUGUUAACUUGAAGAAAUAUCCAUUAGGUGUAGCAGCCGUGGCUACAAGCUAACAGUGAUUAGCCACCGGCCUGCUGCAUAUAAGGUUGUGGAAAGUGCAAUAAAAUCAA